CCUGCCGCCAGGUCCUCGGGCGGAGCCGACUUGAAUCCUCGCCAACCGUCCGAUUGGUCGCCGCGUUCCCUUUGCCGUGGGAAGCCGUGCUCUGGUGUUGGUGCCCGCAGGGGAACUCGUGCAUGGAGAGCAAGGUCCGUAAACCUGGUAGGGAUGGUUGGCUAUGAUCCGGAUUCCGAGUGUAGCUCCCUGUCGACUCUGAAGGUAGCAGCGGCAGGAUCCGCUUCCGGAUUGGUCACUCGGGCAAUGAUCGGCCCUUUUGAUGUGCUGAAGAUUCGAUUUCAGCUUCAGAUAGAGCAGCUUUCCUCCAAAAAUCCACAUGCGAAGUAUCAUGGUAUCUGGCAGGCUGCUGGUAAAAUUUUUCAGGAGGAAGGGGUCACUGCAUUUUGGAAAGGUCAUGUCCCCGCUCAACUUCUUUCCAUCACAUAUGGGGCUGUGCAGUUUGUCAGCUUUGAAUUUCUGACAAAGCUGGUGCACCAUGGCACAACUUACGAUGCCCGUGAUUUCACUGUACACUUUAUCUGUGGUGGACUGUCUGCUUGUGCUGCUACUGUGACAGUUCAGCCCCUUGACACGUUGCGCACACGCUUGGCUGCCCAAGGAGAACCGAAGAUUUACAGGAACCUUCGCCACGCUGUGGUCAGCAUGUACCAGAAGGAAGGGCUGCUGACUUUCUAUAGGGGACUGACCCCAACCAUUAUUGCCAUUGUUCCUUAUGCCGGCUUCCAGUUUUCCUUCUACAGUCUCCUGAAGAGGGUGUACAACUGGAUUGCUCCAAGAGAAGAGAUGAAGAAAGGUAAUAUUAAAAACUUAGUGUGCGGCAGCUGUGCUGGUGUCCUCAGCAAAACCCUGACCUAUCCCUUUGACUUGUUCAAGAAGCGGCUGCAAGUGGGUGGCUUUGAACAAGCCAGGGCGGCCUUUGGGCAGGUUCGAACAUACACUAGCAUCAUGGACUGUGCCCGACAGAUAAUCAUCGAUGAGGGACCCAGGGGAUUCUUCAAGGGCCUCUCCCCAAGUUUGCUGAAGGCUGCUUUCUCCACCGGCUUCACCUUUUUCUGAUAUUUUUGGUACUCUAUAACCUUUGCAUGGUAUCUCGGGAAAAAGCAACCUGACAGGAUAAGAAGAGUUGGGAAAUCACCAAUUUUCUUACAACAAUGAAAUUGAUUUCCACUCCAUGACCUCCUUUCAGCAUAUGACAAUCCACAUUCAGAUAUACUACUAAGUUGAAGGUACUGUAGUAAUACACAAGAACACUCCAGUUUGAUAUAUACCUGAUAGAUAUAUAAGCAAAGCUUCUGAAAAGAGAGAGGUUUAAAAAAAUAGAUUUGUUUCCAGCAGUAUCUGCAAAUUAUUUUUAUAAAACUUCCAGUACUGGCAGGAUGGAUUUUAAUUCUUUUGGUAUCAAACCAUGCUGAAUCAGUAGGAUCAGAACUGUUGAUGUUUGGAAGCACAGAGACAGCAAACAGGAAAGUUUCAAGUUACUUUCUUUUGCUUACCUACUGGGUCAGGUUGUUCCCUGUACUCUUAUCUGUAUUUAUUUUCAUAAGAGCUGUGAAAGUCACAUUCCAGCUACAUUGCACACCAUUGGAACAGCCCUGAUUUGUGCAAACUUUGCUUUAUGUACCCUAAGAACAAAGGUUGCUUGUAUCUCUCUGAAAUGUUUGUUUUGUACAGGUGGGUUCUCUUCCCAAAGUGUUCAUAGGCCUUUCCUUCUUUUGUUGUCUGAGAUUGGAAUUGCUGAUUCAGAUUCUUUCUAAAGUGCACUUGGGAAGGAUUGGCUCCUUUAUCAAAAGGCAAACAACAGGUUCACCAGAGGCGCAGCAACAACUGUCCUUGACAUGUUUUUUAUUUAUUAUUUCAUUUAUCAAAUUUUGAAGCCAUUGGCUCCUUAAUGAAUCUGGAUAGAUUGCAGACAAAAGACAAUAAAUAUGAAUAAGAACACUACUGACUAGACCAGUGUUUCUCAACCUUGAUAACUUUAAAAUGGGUGAACUUCAACUCCCAUAAUCCCCCAGCCAGCUUUCUCCCAGAAUUUCCCUGCCCCAGCAUGGUGGUUGAAUAAUUAUGGGAAUUGAAGUCCACCCAUCUUAAAAUUGUCAAGCAGGCAAGCAUGAAGUUACAGCCUUCCAAAGAAAGAAGGAGCACUUCACAUUUGUAGUCUCCAAAUAUAAGCUGGGUCACUUAUCUUUCAGUUCUCCUCUAUCCUUUAGUGCCUCCUUCAAUCUGCUUCCUCAAAUAUGUUAAUUGGAAGAUAUUGUGCCUUAUGACGGUGCCAAAAUCAGUGUAUACUUUAAUACUUCAGUGUUUACAAGACAACAUAACAUUGCCAGGUCAGCAGUCAGCAGGUCUCUCUCCAAACCUCCAAAAUGGUUGAUGGUUAUUAGCUGGGCACCUAUGCCAAUGAGAACCCAGUACAGAUUUGUACUCCUAGUACUGUAAUCUAAAUUAUCUUUGUUGACAUCUAGGGUUGUGCAAGGUUUCAGAUUCCAUUACUGAGAUUUUUGUUCACUCCCUGUGUUUAACAUGAAUGCUUAAUCUAUAACACUGUAUCUGUAUUUUUCAUAUAAAGAGUUUUUUUGUGUGAGGCUGAGACAGUUUGGACCAUCCAGUUUUCUAGCAUAGAACAUGUGUCUGUCUUGAAAGAAAAAUAAAUAUAUAAAUAUAUUUAUCAUAAAUUUGUGGAUUCUUUUUUUCUUUUUGCAAUCACAACACACUUCUUCUGAGAAUUCAAUGGAGGUAAGGCAGGUAAACAUCCCUUUUCAUUGUAGUGCACCUAAACAGUACCUAAGAAGGACUUGGGAAAGGCAGCUGGUGUUUGGCAGGGAAAGACUAUUAAUGCUUUUUAUAAACAGUGUCCUUAAAAUCUGGUUAUUGUAUUUGGGAGUCUGUUACAAAUAAAAAGAUAUCAGUUGAGAGGCUGUUGGUGUUGGAAACCUGGAGGGGAGGAAAAGGCCAAGUUCAACAUUGAUAAGACUGGAUGGCUGUGUGGUUUUGUGCCCCACCUCCAGCAAUAGGGAUCUUAUCUUUAGUCCUGAACUAAGUUGCACUUGCUUAUUUGGGGCUUGUGCAUAGCUUUAUGAAAGCACAGCUUCUGUUCGUGGCUGAAAAUUGUUCACAUAAAUCCAAUCUAUGUCUCAAUUGUACCCUUCUUUUUUAGAAGCCACACAUGCUUUAGUCACCUUACACCUGGGCUACUGGGCAAUGUGAUGGGCAUGGAGUUGCCAUUCAACUACAGCUGGAUAUGAAUGCAGUGACACAGGCAAUUAUGGGCAUGACACAUGUUGCUCAUAGCACCUUUGCUCUAUGAGCUGCACUGAAUAUUGACAGGUUUCCAGAGAUAAUUCAAGGUGUUGGUUAUCACUUAUAAAGCUUUGAUGACGUGGUUAUCUAAAAGACUAUCUCUCUUCCACAGCUUCAGCUCAACCAAUACAAUUGGGCAGAGCAGGCAGGCAUAUUCCACCUGCUUGUGUUCCGUUUCUGAUGUAUUCUUUUGCAGAAUUUUUUUUAAAAAAUGGGAUAUUAUCUCCAUAGAAAGGGAAUUCUGAUGUCCAAUGACAGGUAUAAUGUAGUGUUCCUUCUAAAUUCAGGUACUGUAAUGUAGCGCAUUAUAGUAGAGGAUGCGGUCCCUGGCCUCUAUGGUGAUUCAAGAAAAGCAUUUGAGAAUAUGCAGCAGUAGCAUUAGUGGAGAUGUGGUGAUAUGCGAGAAGAUUUUAAAAAGGACUUUGAAAGUGUUGUGCAUGUUAAUGAAUAUAUUUAUAAUAUUUAUAUUAUAUAUUUUGAGAGGUAAGUAAUCUACCCAUUUAUAUUUAGUUUUAAUUAUGAUGGUCUCUAGCUCCUGAAUUUCUAUCAGAGUUUCCCCAUGUUAUAUUACAACUCUCAUUAAUCCUCAAAACUAUCUAUGUUGGUUUGAAUUUAUGAAAGUUAAAUAAAGACUACAUAUUGCCAAUCUGCACCAGUAAUUAUUUCAGUUAGUGUAUAUCACUCACGAGACAUCAGUAAUUGGCUGUUGGAUCAGCAAUAAUACAGAAAGGCAACCAAACAGAUUAACUCUUGGAGGAUCCAAUCUGGAUUGGUCACCGGGACCAGAUAGUUAGUUUUUCCAAGCCUUCGGACUCAUGCUGGAGCUCAUCCUGCAGCCCUCUGGUCCCGGUGACCGACCCAGAUUGGAUCCUGCAACAUUAUCCCAAGACAUGCAAUAUUUUGCCUUCAUUCCAAGUGUGAUAAAGCCACACUAGGAAUACUGCAUCCAGUUUUGGUCGCCACAAUGGAAAAAAGAUGUGGAGACUCUAGAAAGAGUGCAGAGAAGAGC